AUGGCGAAGACUGCAGGCGUUUCGAGCCUACAGAGCGGCUAUGCAUGGCCUCUCGUGUUGUUCUUGCUUGUGUCGUAUGUUGGCUACCGCCUCGUGCAGCAUGUUCGGCAGCGUUUCCAACACGAACGCUUCAAGAAGGCACACGGCUGCUAUGGCCCCUCCUCGGUUAUGGCUACGGAUUACUUCGGGCUCACGUUCAUGUUCCGAGCACUCAGCGCGCACAAUAACAAGCGACUCCUAGACUUCUUCAACAGUUUGUUUCGAAAACAUGGCAGAACGUUCAUGUUUUACACCGCGAGACGCAACGUGAUCUUCACCGACGAUCCGGAGAACAUCAAGGCGCUCUUGGCGACCAAGUUCGAUGACUGGGAGAACAAGACACUUCGCCAGGAAGCCUUUGGCUCGCUGCUCGGAGAUGGCAUUUUCACGACCGACGGUGCUUUCUGGUCCCACAGUCGUGCUAUGCUCAGGCCCACCUUUGAGAAAUCUCAAAUUACUGACCUGGCUCAGUUUGAAGGUCAUGUCAACAAGCUGGUGGCUCGCAUACCCGCUGACGGCAAGACUGUCGACUUGCAGUAUCUUUUCCACUGCCUUACAAUAGACUCAUCAACCGAGCUACUCUUCGGCAGCAGCACUGACACACUCGGGGAGAAAGACGAAGAAGCCUUAGACUUCGUGAACCAUUUUGAGUACGCCAUGGUUGAUGGGGCUCUCCGCACUCGAGUCGGCAGGUUGUACAAGCUGUGGCGUCAUCCUAAAGCUGAAAAGGCCAUCAGCGAGAGCCACAAGUUCGUUGACAAGUACGUCGAGCAGGCUAUGAAAAUCAAGAACUCUACGCUGGGCUCGAUCGGUGAGAAAAAGCAUCGGCGCGAAGACGGCAAGUUCGUGUUUCUGGAUGAACUCGCCAAGCACGAAGAAGUCGACUCCACCCGAGUCCGCGACGAGUGCCUCAACAUUCUCCUAGCAGGACGCGACACGACAGCAAGUCUGCUAAGUGAGCUGUGGUUCGUUCUGGCGCGGGAGCCCGAGGUCUAUAAGAAGCUACAAGCCGAAGUCGAUGAGUUGCAUGGUGAGCUACCGACGUACGAGCAGCUGCGGAAUAUGAAGUAUCUCAAGUACUGCGCGCAAGAAACUCUACGUCUCUACCCUCCAGUCCCAAUGCUUCCGAAGCUUGCUAUCAAAGAUACCAUUCUCCCUCACGGCGGUGGCAAAGACGGCACCGAGCCUCUGUUCUGUGCCAAGGGUACGGUCGCAUCGUACAAUAUGUACAGCAUGCACCGCGAGCCCAGUAUCUUCGGCCAGGAUUCUGAAUCCUUCAACCCAGAUCGGUGGCUUGACCCCGAUCUUCGCCCAAGUUGGGGCUUCCUGCCCUUCGGUGGCGGGCCCAGAGUAUGCCUUGGGCAGCAGUAUGCGUUGACUGAGACGUACUAUGUCACCGUUCGCUUGAUGCAGAGCUUUAGGCACAUCGAAGCAAGGGACAGUGAGCCGUGGAGGGAGAAACUCGCUGUGACUCUGUGUAGCUGGAACGGGGUGAAGGUUGGUAUGUAUGUUACGUGA